AUGUUUCUGUCUCUGACAUCAGCCGGUGAAAGGAAACCCCUCACGACCUGGAGACCUUUUUUUCAACGCCGCGGCUCCAAAAACGAGCCGGCAGCUGACUCCGAGUACACGGCCCCUUCAUGCCCCCGCUGGCGGCGGAACAACUCCCACGCACACCGGCCAAGCACACUCAGGCCCCGCCCGAGGCCUGCGGGCGGUGGCCCUGCGUGGCUGGCCCCGGCUGGUCUGCUCGUCGGUCACACCUCCGUGUUCGAGGCGUGCCCCGGCCCUGCAGACGACGCGCCAAAGUGGCCCGCCUCCCUUCCUGGGCCCGUGGCCGUGCACGAGACGCUGGCCGCCGUGGCGCUCGGGGUGAGCGUGGCCAAGGCGUCGCUCGGGAUGAAGGACGCUGCCAAGCUGGGCGUCACGGUGAGCCUGAUGAUCCCGGCGGGGAUGUUGGUGGGGAUGGGCGUCGAGUCGGCGCAGACGCUGGCGGGCGCCGUGGCGUCGGUGGUGCUGCAGGGACUCGCCGCCGGGACCUUCCUCUUCGUCACCUUCUUUGAGAUUCUGUCCCGAGAGCUGGACGACAAACGGGACCGGCUGCUCAAAGUGCUCUUCCUCAUCCUCGGCUACGCUUCGCUCGCCGCACUCGUCUUCAUCAAGUGGUGACACACAGGAAGUGACACACACAAUACCAAAGUGAAACUCCAUAACGGCAGCAGAGGAAACAGGAAGCGGAGAGCUGCGGACCGUGUUGGUACUGUGUUCGAUGCCGACCCACCCGGCUGCUGUUUGUACAUUAAUCAGUAGAAGGAAGAUUAUAUAUCCAAUAAUAUGUUUAGUUUCUGUUUCUUUCCGAGUCUUUGUCAUCGUAAACUCUGCGUCUGUGUGAGCUGAAGCUGAAAACCCAAAAUAAAAACACUGGAGCCUUUUAAAGUUAAUAUAUAUCGAUAUCUAUCCAUGUACAAUUCACCUUUAUGUUGAUGACAUUCUCAUCGUUGUAUGUCUUCAUAUUGUGACCUGAACAGUUUUGUAUUUAUGUGUCUCAUAUUUAUCUUCUGUUACUGCAAUUAAACACAUUAUUAUUAUUAAAAUUGUUCUUUAAUUAAUCCUG